AUGAAGGCGAGCAAGGCGUGGGUGGAGUGGGUGCGGAAGAAGAAGAAGGCGUUUGACCAGAGGGGGGACAUGGCCAUGUCUGCAUGGGCGGAGCAGCAGCAGCGCGAGCUCAACCUGCGUGCCAGACAGCUCUCCAAGGACAAGUCGGACCCGGACGAGAGGAGGAUUCUGGCUCGGGAGCGAGCGGCAGCCAUGGAGGCGGCAGCGACGGUGAUCAAGCGCCAGUCACUCGUGCUCAAGAAGCGCGACCUGGAACGCCGCCGCGCUGAGGAAGCUGCCAAGAAGCGUCUCGUGGCGGAUCUGCUGGCUUUGGAGGGGUUUGAGCUACGCAUCUGUAACACUUCCCAACGUUUCACACUUCCCAACGAUUUUCCGCUCUUCUUCUUCCCAAUGUUCCUCCACGUUUUCCCCCUCUCCUCCUCCAACCAACCCCUCACAUCCCCCGCUUCCCCACCCCUCUCUCCUCCCCCGCUUCCCCACCCCUCUCUCCGCUCCUCCCCCUCCCCGCGGGCCACCUUCCCGCUCGGCGCGCGCUGCCAGGCGCGGCUGGACGCGGCGAUUGCGGCGGUGGAAGCAGCGCCGGUGAACGGACAGGCGGUGACGGUGCAGGUGACGUGGCACGCGUACAUGAUAGACCCGCGCACCAAGCGCCAGGGGGAGCCGUACCUGGCAUACAACCAGAGGCGCUGGGGGGGCGACGGCUGGACCACCUCCCUCAGACGUUCGGGUGCACGUAGCGGGCUCAAAUUCGCAGACUGGCAGUGGUGGCCGCACACCCUCAAUGCCCACAGGUUGGUGCAUGCAGCAACGCAGCAGGGCAAGGGCAGUGAGGCGAAGCAGCGGCUGUUUGAGAUGACGUACGAGGAGGGCCGCAACGUGUCUGACGCCUCCCAGCUGGCUGCCGCUGCGGCUGAGCUCGGCCUCUCUCACAUCGACUCUGCUGCCUACUUCGAGUCGGAGGAGGGGAAGCAGGAGGUGCUGGAGGAUGAUGCGUAUGGAAAGGACAAGCUGAGGAUCACUGGGGUUCCCUUCUUUCUUGUCGACAGCAAGUUCAGUAUUGCCGGCUGCCAGGAAACUGCGGUGUUUCGACAGGCUUUUGAGAAGGCGCUUGUCAGAUGA